AUGGAAACUCAACCUGACCACAAGCAACCCGACCGCAAGCAACCCGACCGCAAGCAACCCGACCACCGACCACAACCAACCCGACCACAACCAACCCGACCACAAGCAACCCGACCACCGACCACAACCAACCCGACCCGACCACAAGCAACCCGACCACCGACCACAAGCAACCCGACCACCGACCACAACCAACCCGACCACCGACCACAACCAACCCGACCACCGACCACAACCAACCCAACCACCGACCACAACCAACCCGACCACAACCAACCCGACCACAAGCAACCCGACCACAAGCAACCCAACCACCGACCAACACAACCCGACCACAAGCAACCCGACCACAACCAACCCGACCACAACCACAACCCAACCCGACAACAAGCAACCCGACUACCGACCACAACCAACCCGACCACAAGCAACCCGACCACCGACCACAACCAACCCGACCACAACCAACCCGACCACAAGCAACCCGACCACCGACCACAAGCAACCCGACCACAACCAACCCGACCACACCAACCACCGACCACAAGGCAACCCGACCACCGACCACAAGCAACCCGACCACCGACCACAACCAAACCCGACCACCGACCAGCAACCACAACCCGACCACACCAACCCGACCACAAGCAACCCGACCACCGUACCACAACCACCCGACCCACAAGCAACACCCGACCACAAACCACACCCAACCCCACACGCAACCCGACCACCGACCACAACCAACCCGACCACAAGCAACCCCGACCAAGCAACCCGACCAACAAGCAAACCCGACAUACUAAGCAAAACCCGAAAAAAAAAACCACCCGACACAACACAAACCCGACCACAAGCAACCCGACCACAACCAACCAGACCACAACCAACCCGACCACAACCAACCCGACCACAACCAACCCGACCACAAGCAACCCGACCACAAGCAACCCGACCACAAGCAACCCGACCACAAGCAACCCGACCAAACUCAUAAUUUUGGGAUGCAAUUGUUACUUUGAGAAAUUAGUCAAGUUGAAAUAG